CUCGCCUCGUUUUAUCCCCUCUUUUAGCACGCGCUUUCGCCGCGCAGCCAAAAGCGGCGUCCCCGCUUUUAAGACCUCGCUGCUGGAACCGUUUACCACGGACUUCAAAACGUCUCCGCCCGUGACGCAUCCGAGAAGCAGCCGAGACUUUCCAGCGGUUGGCAGAAUAUUUGACCGACCAGCUUCGAGCAGAUAUGCCCGAGACAACGCAAGAGACGUGCACGUCGGCCAAAGACUCCCCGUUCUCCAUCAAAAACCUCCUAAACUGUGACAGCAAACCUUCCAAGCCGAAGCCCGUCUUGGCCUCCGUGAAACAAGCGGGACUGGAAGGCGGGUUCUCGCUCGCCCAGGUGGGGGACUUCAACUUUCCCCGCUUUGAUCUGCCGCACCAACGCUUCGCCCUGCCGGCUUACCUGGAACGCGCCUCCGCGUGGUGGUAUCCGUACGCACUCGGCGCCUCCGCGCAUCACCACAAAGCAGAAGCUGCAGAGAAAACAAGCGCGAGGGACUCCUCUCCAGCCUCGGACCGAGACUCCCCGGAGCUCGUGCUCAAAUCGGACCCGGACGCCAAAGAGGACGAGGAAGACGGCAAGAGCGGGGACGAGAUCGUUCUGGAAGAGAGCGACACGGACGAGGUCAAGAAGGACAGCGGGACAGAAGCGUGGAAGAGAAGCGACGACGGCGCCGAGAAGAAACCUUGCCGGAAAAAGAAGACGCGCACGGUGUUCUCGCGCAGUCAGGUGUUUCAGCUCGAGUCCACGUUCGACAUGAAGCGCUACCUCAGCAGCUCGGAGCGCGCGGGGCUGGCCGCCUCCCUUCACCUAACAGAGACGCAGGUGAAGAUCUGGUUCCAGAACCGCAGAAAUAAGUGGAAGCGACAGCUGGCUGCAGAACUGGAGGCGGCGAACCUGAGCCACGCGGCCGCGCAGCGGAUUGUCCGGGUGCCCAUCCUGUACCACGAGAGCUCGGCCUCCGAAAGCAGCAGCGCGCCGAGCAACGUGCCCGUAAGCCAGCCGCUUCUCACGUUUCCUCACCCGGUCUACUACUCACACCCCGUCGUCAACUCCGUGCCGCUCUUAAGGCCGGUUUGAGGAAGCAAUAGAUGUCUUUUUUUUUUCUAUUUUGUAACUCAGUACGAUGUUACAGAGACUGCAGAAGAAAAAAAAAAAUAAAAAGGAAGAAAACUAGAGGAAGCUAUUUUU